AUGAAUACUUCAGAAAGUAACAAUGAUACUGCUACCAACCAAAACAACGAGAGUUCAUUCACAAAUCCCUCUACCACACAAGAUGACAAUAUAACUGUCUCAACCAGCACUCCUUCAAAACGUAUAAGUGACCCGCUAACAACAAAAAGAGACGCUGAACCCUCUCUCAUUGCUACUCCUACUACCUCAAUUUCUCCCACACGUCCCGCUCUUGCUCUUACGAGUCCUGCUCCUCCUCCCCCUCCCCCUCCCUUACCUCCUGAUGCUCUUUCUACAUUACAACCCUCACUUUCACCCACUUCGUCACCCUCUCCUUCGGGUGGCGUUCGUAGUGUGCCUUCCAUCCCUCAACGGCAAACAGCCAACGUAAUCUCCACAGUUCUAGCGCAGAGUCCCACCACCGCUCUUACUGCUGCGUCCAUGCGGGCCGCUACUUCUCCCGGCUCCCGUCGUAUUGUUGUGACAACCGCUGUUCUUAUUAUCUCGCGUAAUCAAGAUUGCGACAAACCACUGAAAGAGUUCCUUAUACUAUACGUAAUCCGUGUUGUAAUAGCAUGCCCGGUAAAUUUAUAUUUGACAUUGAAUCCGAGAGAUAAUAAUACACGUUCCGAUCAAAACAAUGCUGCUAGACGAGAGCGGUGGGUUGAUAAACUGAAAUCCUUUCUAGAUCUUUUUGCAACUCUUUGGUUUAUAAUCGGCAACUACUUCCUAUUUACCACAGAUUCAUGUCGAAAAAGUGCUCCCUCAGUAUUUUGGCUAUCUCUAGCAUGGGUUAUACUCGGCUAUAUUAUAAUUACAAUCCCGAUACUUCUUUGUCUAGCAGUAAUUUUCUGUCUACCAUGCGUACUAGUUGCAAUGAGAAUUCUGCACGUAAGCGAUGCGGUUGGAAUGGGUGGGGCUAGUGAAGAUGCAAUCUCAAAAGUCCCCACAGUCAAAUAUAGAGCCCCAACAAGCGAGGGCGGUGAAGGAGAAAAUGAAGCUCAAAGAACAACUGCCGACGAGACAACAGUUUCUAUUGUAGAUAAUAUUGUGCCUGCUGACGAGUCUUCUAUAGGAUCUAGACCCUCUACACCCAAGAGAAAGAAAAAAUUCAUAUUCUUCAAGAAAAACAAACCAUCGUCUAUGCCAUUAUCUUCGUUAACUCCGACAUAUCUUACCAUCAAAAAUCCCGAAGACGCAGUGUGUUCUAUUUGUUUAUCAUCGUAUGAGGAUGAAGAAGAAUUACGCCAUCUGUGGUGUGGACAUCAUUUUCAUAAAGAUUGUGUUGAUGAAUGGCUAAGGUUGAACAGGCGAUAUGGGGCAGAAGGAAGUGGUAGUAACGGUAGUAACAAUGAUGUAGCAGAUAUGAAUGGUGCUGGCGUUGGGACGGGUGAAAAUGGUGAAGAUUCGGUAUAG